AAUACUUGUUAUCAAAACUGUAUAAUAAAACGAAAUUGAAUUUUUCUCACAAAAAAAAAUUGAAUGUUUAAACUACCUAUAUCACAUUUUUGCGUUGAAGUUCUUUAUUAAAACAACCCUUCAGUUUGUAAAACAUCACAAUGUUAACCAGCCUAUCGAAUAAUAGAAAUAAAUUAAGAAGAAAUCGUCUAAAGAUGUCAGAGCUGCCUGAUGAGCCAGAGUUUGAUCGUCCACAUGCUGUUCAAAAAUUUGUGGACUAUUUAAACGAAAAUCAUCCAGUUAUAAAGCGUUCACUAGUAAACGAACUGAAUGUGCUCAGACAGUUUAGUGCCGAUACUUUGAGAGCUCGUGGCAUACCUCAACCUCAGCCAAUCAACGAAAGUGACACCGAAAAUGAAAAUGACAACUCGACCGACGUUGGUGGAUUACAGAAUACAGCAACCAUAAGUGGUCAUCAAAGGAACCUAUUUGUUAAUCGAUUACGUAGUUGGUUAUUGUAUUUGAUGAGCCCUCACAGUGUUGGCCAACAGACCCUUUACGCAUAUCCACACCCUGGAGCUGCCAGAGUGGCAUUGAUAACUUACUUCAGGGCGUUUGGAAUUCCGGACGAAGUGUUCACACAAUGGUUUUGUCCAAUGGUGUUUAAUCAGCCGGUACAGCAACAUUAAAUCGUGAAAAAAUUAUUCGUGCAGCAUUCGUGAUGAUGGAAGAGCAAGAAAUCGUUUUGAAAGUGAUGAAAGUUCAGAAGAUCGAAAGGUGGCAAAAAACCCAUUACUGCGUAAUUUUGUUUGUAUCUAAGUAAUUAUGUAAAUAAACUUUGUUUUUCAUCUGUU